UCAUGCUAACUGACAAAUGCAAAUGUAAUCUGUUUCCUGCACAGGUGAAGUAAAGAUGAACUAUCUAUCCAAGCCCUACGUUGCCAUGGUGACCACCUACCAGAUGGCUGUGCUGCUGGCCUUCAACAACAGCCAAACAGUGACCUAUAAGGAGCUGCAGGAUGGCACGCAGAUGAAUGAGAAGGAGCUACAGAAAACAAUAAAGUCCCUGCUGGACGUCAAAAUGCUCAACCACGACUCACAAAAGGAGGAGAUUGAAACCGAGUCGACGUUUUCACUAAAUAUGAGUUUCACUAGUAAAAGGACAAAGUUCAAGAUCACAACAUCAAUGCAGAAAGACACACCACAGGAGAUGGAGCAGACGAGGAGCGCUGUCGACGAGGACCGCAAAAUGUAUUUACAAGCUGCUAUAGUGAGAAUCAUGAAAGCCCGCAAGGUGCUCCGGCACAAUGCCCUCAUCCAGGAGGUCAUUAAUCAGUCCAAAGCCAGGUUCAACCCCAGUAUCAGCAUGAUCAAGAAGUGCAUCGAGGUGCUCAUCGACAAGCAGUACAUCGAGCGAAGCCAGACCUCGGCAGACGAGUACAGCUACGUCGCAUAAGCAGAAGAGUCGAGCCACAGAAACACCCGCCCCUGUGACUGACUGACUGACUGAUAACAGAUUUAAAACACGAAACGGACUCCUUCAUUCAUUUUAGGUUUUGGACUGUCUGCUCCGAUCCCCGUGCAGCAAAAUAAAGCGAAACCGGUGCCUCCAUCUUUGAAAAGAAGAAAAGUCAUCGUGUCACGUCAUCAUCACUCAUAAGGCUCUCCUCCCGAACCCUGCCCACUUUCUGAUUUUUAAGCUGUUUACAACAUCACCAGUGCCACGCACGUGUGCGUCAAAGAGAAUGCCUGUAGCUGUUUGAGAGCGGAGAGCUGAUAAACUACAACAGAAAAUAAAGGAAAAAAGAAAAAAUUGGAGACACUUUUAAAAGAAAAUGCUUUCUUUUCUCACAUUUACCGUUGUUGUGUGUUUAUUUUUUUCUUUGUUAAAUGUAUUAAAGUUAGGAAAACAUUGUAAUAAAAUGUUAUACUGAUUAUUGUAUCUACUUUCAAAUAUAAAGACAAACAUGAUCCUGCUGCUUGUCAAAUAAAUGAAUAAAAAACACAGAUGGGUUUAUGUAAA